AUGAUUCGGAAGUGCAUGAUGAUGCGGGGGUUGGUGCAGAAUGCCUGGGAACCCGAACCAGUGGAGGAAUGUGUCCAGAGCACGCUGGCUGCCUUGUACCCCCCCUUUGAAGCCACUGCCCCUACCCUGCUGAGCCAGGUCUUCGAGGUGCUCGAGCGGACGUACCAGCACGACGCCCUGCGCUACACCCUGGACUUCCUGGUUCCUGCCAAGCACAUCCUGGCCCGCAUCCAGAGUGAAGCCUGUGCCCAGUACAGCGGGUUUGUGUUCUGCCACGAGGGCUGGCCACUCUGCCUGCGUGAGAAGAUUCUGGUGCAGCUGGGCUCUCUGCCGUGGCAACGGCUCUGCCCUGGCGACUUCUACCUGCAGGUGGUGCCUCACCGGGAGUGUGCACCGCGCCUGGUGCUGAAGUGCCUGGCGCCAGAAGGCCGGGGCGUGCAAGAGCUCCCCGUCUCCCCUGAGUCGUACCCCUUCCUUUUCACGGUCGAGUGGCUCAACGGCGUCAACAAGGAGCGCCGGGCGGGGUGCCUGGAGCGCUGCCUACUGGCAGCUGGUGAGCAGGUGCUGAGCUUGCCCUGGCCCGAGCUGGUAUACCCCCAGUUCGUGCACAAAGACGGAUUUAUCGUGGGGCAGCGCUGCCCGCUCGAUUUGGCUCCCGAGGUGCUUGGGGCACGGAGUCCCGGGGACGGGCGCCAUUCCGGAGGGGAGAACCGGGAGUCUGAGGGGGAGUACGUCCACCUCCUGGAGGUCAGCCCCACUUUGCACCAGCCCCUCAGGACUGCCCGGCCUUGUGGUGCCCAGAUCCAGACCAUGCCUGCCCGCAAGGGGCAUGGCAAGAGCCGGAGCCGGCGCCACCGGGCCUGGCUCCACCACAAAUCCGGCUAUGGGGAAAACUUUGCUUUGCGCCAAGCCUGCAAAACCCAGGAGGCCGAGAGAUCUUGCCAAGAGAGCAGCUCUCGUGGGGACAAAACUGUUCAACAGAGGGGGGAUCCCAGCCCAGCAUUAGGUCAAGCACUGGAAGCCUCUCGGGCAGCUAGGAACUCGAGUCCGGGGCAACUGGAGCACAGCCAGGGGCCCUGUGGAACUAAGGCUCGGCCAGCCAUCUUUGGGGCUGCUGCUUUUGCUGUCGCCACUCCCGCUGCUGCUGAAGACCCAGGACUAGGGCAAGUAGAGCUCUCGGGAUCCCUUCACCAAGAUCCUGGUUGUCCCAGCAGUGACAGCCAGACUCCAGCGUCUGCCACCCCAAAGCGCACUGCAAAGGGAAACCGCAGGAAAAAAAAGGGAGCUGGGAGAGGGGCCAGUGGCCGAAUCAGACAAGGGGCUGACUUAGCAGGCAAGGAAGUGGAGGCUUCUGCUAACGUAAAAGAGGUUGGGAAAGAAGAAACCUGCAUUGAUGCGGGAGAGCAGGAAUCCGGGAAAGGAGAAAGCAGUACCAAGGAGCAAGCUGCUGGCAGUGAGGAAUGCUUUGCUGGCAUCACAGAUGGAAACAGCACCCAGGAGCAAGGCAGCUUCUCAGGAGAGCAGAGCAUUGGCACUGGAGAGGAGAGUGUCGUUGGCACCGGCGAAUUGGCUGCUGGCAUCAGGGAAUGUAAUGUUGGCAUCAGGGAGCCAGAGAGCAGCCCAGAAGAGUGUUGCAUUGGCACCGGAGACAGCAGCACUGGCACCGGAGAAAGGAGCAGCCGCAGAGGCAGCCUGAGCAUCUGCCCUGAAGAGCCAGCCACCACAGUGGAGGCUGACGAACCAAGAGAUGGCACGGAGGACCAGAGUGCUAGUGCCACAGAACAACAAGGGCUGGACACUUCGGAGGGAUGUUGCAUGAAAGAGCAGAACCUUGCCACUGACCCUGUAGAGCCGACAUUUCCCAAGUUUCCAAGGAAGAACGAGCCAAGUGUUGAUGGGAGAGAGGGAGCCCCAGGUGCUGCUGCUAAUCAGGAGGCAGAGGAAACUCAGAAUUCCCCUCUCCCUGCAGUGGCUCACCUUGGGCAUUCUGUAGACUGGGAGCUUCUGCGGUCAGGUGUCUUUGCUCUGACAGGAGGGAUGGACCGAGCAGGACGCUCCCUGCUGACCGUGGUGCCACAGCCCAUUCGGGAUGAGCUGCCUCCGAGACAAGAGGUCCUGGUCCGUACCUUGAGAUACCUGCACUCACUUCUCAGGCAAGAACUGAAAGUCCUUGGGAUGACAGUGCUGAUGGACCUGAGCCAGGUAGAUGAUUGGGCCCUCCAAGCCCCUGUGCUGCUGCCGGCCUUACGAGCAUUCCAGGAGGGUUCCCCGCCUCCCAUUAGUCAGCUGUUGGUGAUCUUACCCCCGGACGAUCGAUUUGUGCCCCACGAAGAGGAACUGGUCUUGGAACCUACUGCGGAAGUGCAGCUUCUCCCGCUUUCAGAACUGCCCCAUCACAUAGCCGCAGAACAGCUGACUCCAGCACUCGGGGGGACCCUGCACUACUCGCCAUCCAAAUGGGUUGGGGAACACCAGGCUCUUGAUCAACUGCAGACACUCUGCCAUCGUGUUCUACAGGCUGUUUGUGAAGUCAGUGCCCACCUCAAGGCGGUGAAAACAGCAUCAAGUCAGGAGGAACUGUCAGCACAAAUCACCUUGCACCAAAAGACCAUGCAAAAACUACUCUCAGAACCAUGCCUCUUGGAGCUGCAGCGUCGGGGAGGGUCCUUGCUUGCACGACUGCCUUCCUUGGGGCCCUGCAGUACAGAGGCUGUGGCUGCCACCAGGCUCUAUCAGGAGGUGGACGAGGCUCUGCACGGGCUUGUCCAGCUCAGCAACCAGCGCCUGGAGGUGUUGCAGCAGGAGCGGGAGAACGCACAGGUCCAGCGGCAAACCACUGGUGGCAUCAGUGUGGAAGAGAAGAGGCCAGCUGAGGGGCUGGCUGAGGGGGCGUCCCUGGAGAGGACAGCGUUACAGAGCCCGAAGUGCCAAGGGAAGACGCAGGCUGUGCCCGAAACUGGAUCGGCCCCGCGGCCCCGGGCCUGCAGCAUCAGUGCCUCCUCCUCACCCAAGCACAGCUGGGGCCUGGGGACCAGGUUUGGCUCCUCUUGCAGCCUGACCUCUCUCUUCCAGCCCCACUCCAGCCCCAAGGCCUCCCCUUGCUGCUCCCCCACGCAACGCAGUGCCCUGGAUGGUGGCAAGAAGAGGCCAGGCGCUCCAGCCAGCCCUAAGACCCCCCUGUCUCCUGCCUCCCCCCUGGCGCUGCGGGCCUUGAGUGACCCAGGCCGCCCCAGUGUGCACAUCCGGGGCCUGGAGGUGAGCAGCCGCGAGCUGGCCGAUCGGAGCUGUUCUCCCCGCGAGCACGUGCUGCUGGGUCGGAGUGGGACUCAUGUGGCUGAAGCACCCUGGGGGGCCACACCCCGCACGGAAAGAAGGCGGUGCCUUGGGGUCCAGCAGCAGCUUCUGGCUGAGCUUCUGGAGUGUGAGCGAGAGUACGUGGGCGCCCUAGCCCAGCCCCUCUCCCUGUCCCGUGAGCCUGGGGGACAGGCCUGGCCAGCCGAGCUGAGAUGCCUGGGCAGUGCUCUCCGGGCCACGCGGGACCAGUUGCUGGCCUUCCACACCAGCUGCUUCCUCAUCGAGUUGGAGGGAUGCAUGAACCACCCAUCACGUGCUGGAAGCUGCUUCCUGCGUCACGGAGAAAAGCUUCAGCUUUAUGCCACCUAUAUCAAAGACCACCACAAGUUCCAGGCUGCCCUGGCUUUGCUUCGAACUGCCAGCAAGAAGGGCCAGGCAGAGCUGCAUGAGGAUGGGCAAGUGGCCAGCACUUUGCGUGUGCCACUGGAGCAGCUGGUGCGGUACCGACGCUUCCUGGGUGAGCUGCUGCGUGAAUGCGAGCUCGAGCGAGGGCCCGACCGCCAAGCCCUGCAGGAGGCCCAACAACUGCUGGAGGCCCAGGAGCAGCGAGGCCAGGACCUGCUGGCUGCGGAGCAGAUCCGGGGCUGCGAGGUGAAACUGUCGGAACAAGGGCCACUCUUGCAGCGUGGGGAGCUUGUCAUGGUGUGCGGGCGCCGUAAGUGCCAGCGGCACAUCUUCCUCUUUGAGCAGUUGCUGCUCUUCACCAAGUGCAAGGGAGCCGAGGGUGGCUACGUCUGCAAACAAGCCUUGCAGACAGCAUCCAUGGGGCUGACAGAGAGCGUGGGACCUACUGGGCUACGCUUUGAGUUGUGGUUUGGACGGGGACCAACUCGGCAGUCCUUCACACUGCAGGCAGCCUCUGCUGAGGUCAAGCAUCAGUGGACAAAUGUUAUAGCGCAACUGCUGUGGAGACAGGCUGCCCAGCCGGCUGUCUCGAUGAGCAUCUCCUCCUGCCCUCCCCAGCGCCUGACUCCUCUCGGCCUUGGCCCCGGGCCCCCCCCUGGGCUGUCGUUGCCUGGCCACUUUGAGGAAGAGGAAUGGGACAUGGAUGUCAAACCCAUCCCAAGGGGUGCGUUCACUGCUGCCCCCUCAGCCUUCUCAGGGAGUGGCUGCUCACCGCUUGUGCUCACCCACAGCCUGUUUCCUCUCCCCGUUAGCCGAGACCUCGGAGUCCGACGGAGCCUCCCCAAGCCACCAAGAACCACUUCGGCAGGGAAGAGGAUCCUUGCCCGGCAGCAGCUCUGCUUUGGGACACCCACAGCCGAGCUCUGGCGUUGCCGGCGAACCAGUGACCCCACUCUGAGGCCAUGGCGGCCAGCGUUGGGUGUGGAGCCUACAUCGGAAGCUCUUCUCCCCAGGCAGCCACGGAAGGCAGAACUCAGUCCCCAGGAACUCUGGGAACAGAACAGUCUGAGCCCCACAGAGCCUCGGAACAGAGAUGAAGGCAUGAAUGGGCACUUGUGUCCAGCAGUACUGUGGCAUGCUUCACCAAGUUGGCCGAUGACUUUCCCAUGCAUUCCACUCUGCUGCCACCCUGUAGGAACAUCCAGACUUGGCCGCAAUCUUACUCUGGGAUGGCUCUGUCCAUUCUCAUAAUACCCAUGCAGUGCCUUUUCAACUUCUUUCUCGAGCUGUGAACUUACUGGAGAUUCUUGGGCAAGUCAGUGCUGUUGGUGGUGACAGAGGCUGUUGUACCAGGCAAGCAAAGUCAAACCAAGGAGUUCUGAAUUGGCCUGAACUGAGGUGUAGGUUGGGAGGAGGGUGCUCUACUGAUGACCAAUGCGGGUCAUGGCCAAAGUGUCUCAAACUGCUCCUUUGCCUGGUGCCCUGACUCUGAUCAUAGCUGCAGUGUCUAGACGAAUUGGUAGAGUUUGCUUAGUCUGAUGGGAGAUGAAAGGAAGAACCUGGGCUGCAGUUGCCAAGCUACUGCAGGAUGUACUUUCUCAACCACAUCCAGGUUAACUCAAGAGGAAAAGAAGGAAAGAGGUGCCUCUGGUUUUGCAUCACUGGGGAGGUAAUGACUACAAGAUCUAAACAAGGAGCUCAGAAGUAGCCCUCUCACUGAAUUAGGGAAGCUCUGCAAAGCCACAAGAGAAUUUGAUACUGUAGUAUUCAAGGUACUGUGGAAGUUCACAGGCUACAGAUCUCCUGGGACUGUGCCACUUUUGUAUGCAGACGUGGUUUGGAUGCUGCCCAAGAUAGUGGAGGAAAGACACUUUUCAACGCAUAGGAAAUGAGAAUGGCAAGGAGGGGGAUUUUAGUCAAGCCAUCUCCUUGAUGUAUGCUAAUAUUUUAUGUGCAGGGAAUUUUGACAAACAUUUGGUCAAGUGACACCUGCCCUGCAGACUAAGGACUUACACUCAGAUGUUUUUUCCCCCUUCUCUACUUGGAUCUUUAUUUUUGAGAUUAUAAAACUGCAGGAUUGUUACCAUGUUGCUAUCAUGAGAGGAAGCAUCUGUAGAAAAGCAAUUCCUGUGUGGAAAAAACAGUGUGAGUGAACACACUAAAGAGGCCCUGAAGAGUGCUUGCUUUCCCCAGUAGCAUAUGGCUUGGCUUAUUUGUUGGAGCUCUCCAAACACCUUUCUGCAGUGAAACUGCUUGUCUUUUUCAGUGUGGCAUAUGAUCUGGAGUAUGGGACUCUGUCUCUGGAAACUUCAAAAAUGAUGCUGCAUUUUGAGUUGGUGCUGAACUUGUCUACUCCACCUCCUCUAUUCGAUAUAGUGUGCUUCUUUAAGAUGCAGUAACUUGAGCUGCUUGGUAAAUCUUGUCUCCUUUGACAGAGCUUACCUAGAAUUUGACCCCAAGCCCUGUCAUAUGGAAGUCACUCAAAUACCUGCCCAUGUGAAAAGUAGAUAUUGAAAUCACUGGUUUAGAUAUAUACUAGGUUAUUUCCACUUAGAACCCAUUGAAAUAUUGGCUUUAAGUAAUGAUCACCCUUUUAAAGUUAUUUCAAAGGGAACUAACCAUAGAUUUAUCCAGCUGUGUGGACUCUGCUGCUUACAAAAACAAAUGCAAGAAGUGGAUUUUGAAAGAUGCAAGGAAAUGUAAUAAUGGAAGAUGCUUUUGUAAUGUCAGAGUUGUAUGCAAAAUAAGCAACAUUUGUGAGACUGGUUAUCAUUUAAGCAAUCACAUGUUUUGUAUUUUUACACAUGAAACUGAAAGUGGUGACCCUGCAGCCUAUGACCUCCCACCCACCCACCCACCCACCCACUCACUUUUAUUUUUCAAAUAGUGGACUGCCAAUCCUUAUCAGCUCCCAAAUAUUUUAAGAGAACACAUCUUUCUGCUAAAGACCUUGGAAGCCCACCUCCACCCACCCAUACACUUUUGUGGGGAUUAAAAUUAAUUCCUGCAUUCACAACAACUUUUUGAUGGGACUAGUGCUAGGCUCGAUUUUGUGCUAGACCACAGUAUAAAAUGAUAAGGUAGAAAAGCAGUUAAAAUUGGACAACCUAACAAAUUAAGCUUAGUUCUCACAAAGGUGUAGCUGAAGUUGUAAAUCUGUAUCUGAGCUAUACUAUUUCUAGUCCAGCUAGGUAUGACUGAAGUUUUGUGCAUUUAAAUCCUUAUGAUGUGCCUUGAUUUUAGCAGCAAAAGGAGCAGAUGGGUAACAAGUGAAGUACAUUUUACCCACCUCCAGUUUAUUUCCCUGUAAGUUCUCUCUUUGGAUAUUUUUCUUGGGGUCAAACCAGACAAGACUAAUUGCAUUGUUAGCAACCAUGUCUGAGUUUAAAAACAACCGGGUGUGCUUCACCCCCAACUGUUAUCAGGACAAAAGUGUACCAGGAGGUUUAAUCCUUUUCUAACCCAUGAUCUUGAAUAAAAUCACCUUAGCACUCUGCAAAGUAGGAUUGCAAGAGUUGGGGGAUUCCAACUAGUGGCAAAUGGGAGCUUUUCCCCCUAAACAAUUUGUAGUGCGUUUGGUAGGGCUGCAGCUGGGGAAAGAAGGGUUAAACCUGCCUUUUACAUGCAACAUAGUCCUAAUGAAAAUCCCUCUUCCAUCCCCCAGCCUAGUAUUAAAACUUUUUUUAAAAAAAUUCAAGACAUUGCUGCUAACCACACUAUUAAGAGUAACUUCUUAAUUACUUGACCCUCAGAUGAACUCUAGUAGUGAAAACUACUGUGGCUGGUGAAAAUCUUUUGUGGAAAGGGUUCAACAUCCUGUUCUCAUGGAGAAGCUCAACACCCCAUCUGCUGUUUGUGAGAUCUAGCGCAAACUGAUUCGGCCACAACAUUCAGGGGAUUUUGAUAGGAAAUAGUUUUUACAAGAGCACAAGCAUUAAGUUCCAAGUCUGGGUUUUCCAGCAUCUACAACUGUUCAGUUAUAUUGGCUUUGAAUUACAUUUUAUUUACAGAGGAAAGAUAAGGAAGGGAAUAUAGUAAGAACCCUGGGACUUGAAUUGAGGUAGAUCUGAGCCAGAAGCCCCAAUAAAGUAGGAUAUGGGACUAUUGCAGUAUUCACAUCAAAUGGGUUUCUUCAAGGAAGGGCCUGAGCUACAUUACAGGCUGGUGAAAUAAGAGUGCUUUAAACAUGUGGGCUAAAAGAUGUGUGAAUUAGUAAAUGUCUUAAAAUCUGCAAGCUGUGCAGAUUGAUUGUUCAGGCCCACGUGUCCAUAGGAAAACCAAAAUAUGAUAGAAACAUGGUAAUUUUCACCCAUUUGAGGAGUGCUUUUUAGCUGCCCAUGAACCUAAGCUAUCAUAAGGUACUAAGCAAAUACCUUGGGUCUCUGUAAAUUAAUGGUUACCUUUGUCAAACAUGUAAUCAUGUCAAAAUAAUCAGUCAGGUUUGUCUAACAAGACCUUAUUUUAUAUAAAAAGCA